UGCGGCAGAAGCCACCUUGGGAACCCGGAAGUGCAGCGGAAGGAAAGUUCCAAAACAAUCCGAAGAGAAUCCCGGAGAAACGGGUCAAGGGACGUUUUGAAACUGUUCGUCCUUUUUUUUUUUUUUAGAGGGACAAAAACCCCACUCAAACCGCAGCCACUCCCAACUGCCGGAGCAAACGUGGGAAGGUGACUGCGGAGGGGGACGACGACAAAAAAGAGGGACGGGCAAUGACGGGGGACACGACGGUUACCAUAGAAACUCACCAACGGAUCUGGGAAGGCUGAGUGAUUUUCUGUAGCCGCAGAUGGUCCUGACGUCAUGGUUUUAUAGGUCCUUGAUGAAUGCCCAGCCGUGCCAUCCUUUGGAGCCGAUCCGUUGUGGAUUCCUUCCGCGAAUGUUCAUAUAAAGAACUGAUAACUGAAGACACAAAGCGUUUUCCAAUUGUCGUUGCAAGACGGAUACGCCACAACGUGAGCAAAGCAGGCAGAGGAUGGACCCAGAUAUCUCCUUACUGUUCAAGUGCCCGGAUUCUGGGGGUAUCCCCGAAUCUCACGUCCGAGCAGAAGUUUCCCCCCUCUACGACCGGAACACUCUGCCUGCGGAUCAGGUCCGAAUCGAUAGCGUCUGGGCAGCCCGUUGCCAGCAGAACCCGUGGCUUUUCGACGGGGCCAAAUUCCGCCUCCACUCCACCAAGCUGGACGACGGGAACCUUUUGACUUUCCACCUGGGGCUCACCAGCUACAAGGACUUCGUGGGCACCAACUUGGCGGAGACAGCCUGGCAGCUGCGGGAACAGGGGCGCAAGGACUUUGGCAACAGCCAAGCCUACCUCGCCGAACCCCUGGGUGUGGGUGCUAUGGUGCACACAGCAGACGACAAUUUUGUCUUCCUGCGACGCAGCCUGCGUGUGGGGGAAGCCCCAGGGAAGGUCGACGUCCCUGGGGGACACCCGGAGCCUCAGGCUGUGCUGGGUGUUGACGCUUCGGUGGGAUCCUUGAUUCGGCAUCAGGAUCUCCCGGGGGAUCUGGUGGUCAGGGAGCUGUUCUCUUCUGUGCUUCGCGAGAUCCAGGAUGAGGUAAACCUUCAGCCAGCCGCUCUCAGCAGGCCCCUUUUGCUUGGCAUCGUUCGGAACGAAACCACGGCCGGCCGGUGCAGCGCCGAAUUCUACGUCAGGUGCAGCCUGUCGUCGUCGGAAGUGAAGCAGCGUUACACUCUUGGGGGACCGGAAGCUCAAGAAUCCGUCAGCAUCAUCUUCGUCAGCCGAGAGGAUCCGGAUGUCCGCUUAUCCAAAGCGCUCUCCUAUGCUUUGCGCCACGGGGCCGAAAAGAUGGGCCUCCACAUGUCAUCGGACGGCUUUGUCGACGUGGGGGAGAUUCUUCGUCUGCCCCAAUUUAAGGCCUGGUCUCAGGAGGACGUGGAGAGGGUGGUGGAGUCGAAUGAAAAACAGCGAUUCACUCUGUGCCGACAUCCGUCCGGCGGACACCUCCAGAUCCGUGCCAAUCAAGGGCACUCGCUACAGGUUCCCGAGCUGGAAUUAACCGCACUGCAGACCCUACAGGAUUUCCCAGAGACCGUGGCUCACGGCACACUUCUGCGCCACUGGCCAGCCAUUCGCCAGCAUGGCCUGUCCCGGAUGGGAAGAACGCACAUCCAUUUAGCCCCCAGAUUGCCAGGGGAGGGGGCUGUCCUAAGUGGAAUGAGAGACAGUUCUGAAGUGGCCAUAAUCAUUGAUAUUCCCAAGGCCCUGGCAGAUGGAAUCGCUUUCUUCCGCUCGGCUAACGGAGUCAUCCUGACCCCAGGCAACGCGGACGGGCUGUUACUCCCCUGCUACUUCAGCAGAGCACUGCAGCUUCGACCCCGACCUUCCUUAGCACCUGGGCUUCGUUGCCCUCUAUGUGAUGAACUGCCAGCCGACUCCCGUUCCCUCUGCUGACGGCCUGUCUCCCAUUCCUUUCCCCAAGCUCUUGACACCCCUCCAGGAAGCCCACCCACCUUCUCAGGAAGAAAAUGCUGGGGGGAAAAUGGAGCCACGAUCCCUUA